AUGGCAGGACAAUCUGAGAAAAAGCGACUAAAAAAAGCGAGCGCAUUCAUCUUGAUAUAUAUUAUAUUCGCAUAUUAUUUCAGAUAUAACUUAAUUACAAGAAAUAUUUUCCUUUUGCACUGCCUGCUUUUUUUUUGCUACUACUACUCAAUAAAGAAUAUACACUAUGGGUUGACCAACGGACUAAAUUUUACGUACUACACAGACGUUCUGAUUUUGUCCUUCGUCAUCAACUUGGGCCUGUUUUACUCCUUUAAAUUUUUUUAUAUCUAUACCGUUAUACCCAUAUAUGCAAUAUUCAAAACGCUUAAUUUUAUUUUCACGAAUUUUUUGAGUUCACCGUUCGGCGCUGCCAAUUCAUCAGGGAAAGAAGAUAAAGCGGAGAAAAAAAAACAAAGUUGUGUAUAAGAGGGUUUAUUAAAAAUGAAAUAUGUUUCCUUUACGUAUGGCUCAUUAGUUAAUAUUCGACCAAUUUAAGUAACACAUCAUAGCUUACGUGUGCUUACUCAUGUACAUAUGUGUCUUCGUUUCUUUUUGUUUUUUCCCAAACCGAAUUUAUCAAAUUUAAUUUGCA